UAUAUAACAACCGCAUCAGUUUUCAAAGCACUCACCUUACAGAGAGCUUGACAAUUCUGUCGCCUCUACGAGAGUAACGAUGCUUGCUAUCACGCUGCUCCUUGUUGUUGGGCUCUUCGUCGACGUAAAUGGUGCCAGCUUGGACGACCUGAUUGACGCACUGAAUACUACGCAACCAAUCUGGUUGUUCAAUCGGAGUUACGAAGAUGUUUCAGAAAAUAAUAGUCGAAUAUGCGUACGCUGGAACAGGGAGAAUCUUACGAGAUCAAACUAUCAGUUUAGCAACCACUACAAACUUGGCCAGCAAUAUUAUGAUCAAAAUGGAACACAAGCAACACUAGUUGAAGAGGACAAAAACGCAACGAUGGCCGUUAACUACAAAUCAGGAGAAGUCACUUACACGUUGAGUAUGUGGAAUUCCAGCGAUCACUGCUUUGUCCUGGUCCUCAACAACACAAAUGCAAGUACGGUACAAUGCGAACUGCAUUUGUGGCAUGACAAAGUGAGAGGAACAACACUUACAUCCUGUGAUGCCGCGUACCAAAGCCUUUGUAGCGAACAAAAAAAAGUUUUCACGGAAGAUGAAUGCUUGUAGGUCAAGAAGACCAAAAUGCGGGCUAGUUCGCUUUUCUAACAGUUCGGCGCGAGCAAAUGCAUGUUUUGCAGUGUUAUGACAAAAGAAACAAAUAAAAUAAGUGCCCAUAGGAA